AUGCUCUCCUCUGGCGCCUUCGCGCGAUCCUUGGCGGCCCUGUCGCAGAACCCGCCAGGUGGCACCCCGGCCGCCGCCCCGGCCGCCGCCCCGGCCGCCGCCCCGGCCACCCCCGCGGCGGCCCCGACCGCCGAAAUCCCCCGGCUGUCGGCCUUCAGCCCGGAGGGCCUGCGGACAUACAUGCCGGACGGCGCGGCGGCCCUCGACCGGGCGGCCCUCACCGAGGCCGAGCGCAACCGCCUCCGCCUGGAGCAGCUCAUGGCGCAGAAGCAGCAGCGCGCCGAGGCGCUGAGCACCUCGGCCGGGCGCAAGUACCGCGGCCGGACCCUGGCCUCGGUUCUGGUGCUGAGCUUCGGCCUGUCCGGGCUGAUCACCUUCAACAUUGCCAACCGGUGGUUCAAGUUCGGCGAGCGCCCGGACGCCCUGGCCGACGUCGACUACAGCGAGUCGCCUCUCGACCGGUAUGAGCGCGAGAAGGAGCGCCGCCUGCAGGCGGCCGCGGCCUCCUCCUCUGCCGACGCCGCCGUGGGCACCGACGCGGCGCCGUCCUCCUGA